AGAGAGAUACGUCAAAACACUUGUUCUUGGUUCUUGUUUGUUUCACUCCCCGUAAAACGUUGUGGAAAAUCAUAAAUAAAACGAUAUUUAUUGUGAAAAAGUGAUAAGAAAACGUUAUCGGUCAAUUUUGUUUACGCGUCCACGAGAUCAGGACACAUCAUCACAAACAAAUCAUAAAUCUAUUGUGUUAGGCCAGUCCGACCAUCUAGAGAAACAUUCCUACCCUACGUGUUACAUUUAUCUAAUUUAUUUGAUUAGUGUAAGAAAGGUUUUAAAGAUGGACACAUUUUCAUCAUACCAAGGUGUGACGAUGGACAACUUCGAUCAGCUGUCGCAAAGCAUCGCCAGCAAUAUACAGAAAAUAUCUCAAAAUGUGUCUGCUAUGUCCAAGAUGGUCAACCAGUUGCAGACUCCACAAGACUCGCCGGAGCUGCGGAAUCAACUGCGUCAGAUCCAGAACUACACGCAGCAGAUGGCCAAGGAUACGUCGAGCGAGCUGAUGCAGCUGAUGCGGGCAGACGCAGCCAGCCCGGCGCGCCGCCUCGCCCGCGACCGGCUCAGCGAUGAGUACAUGGCCACGCUGAAUGCUUUCCAGGCGACGCAACGCGCGGCCGCCCAGAAGGAAAAGGAAGACGUGCGCAAAGUUAAGGCACAGAAUUUCCAAAUUGGGGACCCCUUCGCAGUCUCUGGUGGCAACAACGAGACCCUGAUAGAGAUGGAAGGUGAGACGGCGCGGCAGCAGCAGGCCACGCUGCAGACAGAGAGGGAGCUACGAGACCUGGAGGAGAGGGAGCGGGACGUCAGGCAGCUUGAGAGCGACAUAGUGGACGUGAAUCAGAUCUUCAAGGAGCUGGGCGCCAUGAUCCACGCGCAGGGCGCGGCCGUGGACUCCAUCGAGAGCAGCGUGGAGAUGGCGGCCACGCACGUGCAGCAGGCCACCACCGAGCUCGCUAGCGCCGCCACUUACAAGAAUAAGCUGCGAAAGAAGAAGGUCUAUCUCGCCAUAAUCCUGAUUAUCAUUGUCUCUAUAAUAUUAAUUAUUGUUUUCCACAAUUAAUAAGAUUUCGUAGACGAAUCUAUUCUUAUUUUUGUAUUUCUUUAUAAAGUUGUCCUAAGCAGACAAUGUGAUGUGCUAAUAUUUUUACUGAUUUACUGAAUGGGGUGUUUUGGUACCUACUAAAAGGAAUUAUGGUGUCUAUUACAUAAAUUAUAUUGGAAACUUUUGUGUAUCUAAAAUUCGAUUUAUCUAUUUUUCUAUUGUAUAUGCAUAGUAUUUGUGUAUUUUCUUAAAAAUUAUAGAAUUUUAGUUGGUAUUAAAAGACCCCAAAUAUGUAGUAAGUGUUAGUGCCAGUCGGUGGUGUACUAUUUAAAACUAAUUUCGCCCCAACCGACCAUAUACCUAUUAUUAUGUAUAGCUGUCUAUGUAAACUACCUAUAUCUAGAAUAUUGUAUUUGUGAUUAUGAAAAUAUGUUGUCUGUAGAUUGUGGGAAUCAAAUUUGCACUAAAAUAUUUUGAAUUAUAAUAACUAUGCAUGUACUGUAUAAUGAAUAAUUAAUGUAUUAAAAAGCUAA